AAGCUGCAUAACAUUUAAGGAGGCUGCCCCCACUCAGAGAAAAAAUAUAUAUAAACACUGCUUUCUUUCACCUAGACUUCCAGAACAAACACACGCACACCACUGGCCUCGUUCCAAAAACUGGUGUUGCCAAACUUUGUCGGCGCUGUAUAGAAGACCUGCACGUCUAUAUAACUGAACCGUUUGUAAAAAGCGCACGAGUUAAGAAGUGUAGCGCUGUUGACAGGACUUGACUACUGCAUGAUUGACAUCUGUACCCUUUAUCUUAGCGUACGCUUUUAAAAUAAAAUAAACGAGACAGAGUGUUACAGAAAAAGUGCAACAUAACUUGAAAAAUGUGCUCCUGCUCGAUCAUUCAUUUCGCGGCGGUCUGUUGGAUAACCCUGAACUGUUUCGUUCAAAUUGGACUUUCUGUGGAAUAUAGAGCAGAACCUGACAGACAGACGCUUAACGGGGAUUCGCGUGUAUUCCUUCAGAGAAUUAAGCGACAGGCAAGACCCCCAAAAGCUGCACUGAAGAUCACAGACUUCCAUGUGCGCUCUACAGUGGUCUCCCGAUACGCUCUCACCACAGUGGAGAGCUCCGUGUGGAAUCAGCACACAGCUGCCAGAGAGGCCAUUUUUGAGGUGGAUCUGCCGAGCUCUGCCUUCAUCUCUAACUUUAGCAUCACUGUCAACAGCAGGGUGUAUGUGGCUGACGUGAAAGAGAAGGGCGAAGCUAAGAAGAUUUACGAGGAAGCAAAGAAGAAAGGAAAGACAGCUGGGCAUGUUGCUGCCAAGGAGCGCGAGACAGAGAAGUUCCGGGUCUCUGUGAGUGUUGCGGCCGGCUCACGGGUGACCUUCACACUGACUUACGAGCAGCUGCUGCAGCGCCGGCUCGGGCGCUAUGAGAUUGUCCUGAGUGUCCGGCCAGGCCAACCCGUCAAGAACCUGACCCUGGAGUUGUCCAUCUCGGAGAGGACUGGCAUCAGCUUCAUCCGAGUCCUGCCUCUCCGGACCAGCAAGCUGCUGUCCAACACUCUGCGAGCAGGUGAUGCGGAUGCGCUUCCCUCCACGACAGUGCAGCAGAGCACUCACUGCGCCCGAGUCCACUUCACCCCCUCUCUGCAGGAGCAGGUUGCACGCUCCUCUGCGGCCGGCAUUGCCGGUGACUUCGUGGUGGAGUAUGACGUCCACCUGAACGACAUCAUUGGGGACAUACAGAUUUACAACGGCUACUUUGUGCACUACUUUGCUCCCCGAGGUCUCCCAAUCGUUCCCAAGGCCGUGAUCUUUGUGAUCGAUGUCAGCGGGUCUAUGAUUGGAACAAAGAUCAAACAGACAAAAAAAGCAAUGCACACCAUUCUGAGCGACCUCCGACCUGACGACCACUUCAACCUUAUCACCUUCUCAGACCAGGUGGAGCUGUGGAAGACAGACAGCACAAUCCAGGCCACCCCUCACAAUGUGAAGAGCGCCAAAGACUUUGUGAGCAAAAUUGAAGCUAAUGGAUGGACAGACAUCAACUCAGCUCUGCAAAUGGCUGCCUCUGUCCUCAAUGGCAGUGCGUCACAAGAAAGCUCAGGCAGUCGUCGAGUUCCCUUAAUUAUUUUUCUGACAGACGGGGAACCCACCACAGGAGUGACUUCCGGGGAGAAAAUUGCCCGUAACGCCAAGAAGGCCCUCGGCUCCACCUCUCUGUUCGGCCUUGCUUUCGGGGACGAUGCUGAUUUCCCGCUGAUGCGCCGCCUGUCCAUGGAGAACCGUGGAGUGUCCCGCCGCAUUUACGAAGACUCUGACGCUGCCUUGCAGCUCACAGGCUUCUAUGACGAAGUGGCUAGCCCUUUACUCUUUGACAUCCAACUUAACUACCUAGACAAUCACGUGUAUGACGUCACUCAGGCUCUCUUCCCAAACUACUUCCAGGGAUCUGAACUUCUUGUGGCUGGGAGACUCCAGCCGGGAAUCCAGGACCUCAAAGUGAGAUUAACUGCUUCUGAUUCCAAGAAACGUUUAGCUUUGGAAAACAAUGUGGAUGUUCCAAGCCUUGCAAACUCUACUUUGGGAUGCCCAGGAGAGCUGGGAGGAAUCUCUAACUUUGUCCGUCGUUUGUGGGCUUAUUUCACCAUCAGGGAGCUCUUGGAAGCCAGGAUUAACACGACCGACUCUGCCACUCGACGUCUGCUGACAGAGAAAGCCACCAAUCUCUCCCUUAAGUACAAUUUUGUCACUCCUGUCACUUCUCUGGUUGUUAUAAAGCCUGAUGAUGAGGAAAGUCCCACCACCGGUCCUACAACUACCACUACCACCCCCAGACCCAGCACUACAAGUACAGUAGCUCAUACCUCUCUAGCAGUGUCUAGAACCGUUAUACCACCAGCUACGGACAACCGGCACCCAACACCAACCACUGCUACAAAAAAAUUACCAACUAGCAGCACGACUGUGAAGAUCAACUCAAAAACCAGCAAAGUUCAACCCACUGCUCCCCAACCCAAGACCCAAAGCUCUCCCACUGGCCUGCAAACUACUGGACACCCCUUAACCACUUCCUCCCCACUCCCCACAGCCACAAGCCCCCCCAUGACGAAACCCGUUACCUCCGACUUUGAGAAUGGUACAGCAAUCUCAAGUGAUGCCAACCCACUCCCUCCUGCAACCGCAGCUGCAGUUUCCAUCAACUCCAUGCCUGAUCACACUGGCGGGGUUAACCAGACUUUUGCAGGAGACUCUGUCAGGGCUACCGUGCCUUCUCCCAUACUGCCAAUGCCAACCUUCACCCCAAGCAGCCCGCCUCUUCACGGCACCACAUCUGUGCCACAAGCACAAGAGAUGGGCACAGAGUUCCUGGUGCCAUCUUUUAUCAACAUGACUUUUAUGUCAAUGGUUUUACCAACAGAGGCACCCAACAGAGGGGAGAUAAUGGAGCAGACAGAUGGACAGCAGCAGACAGUGGCGUUCCUAAUGACAGGGAUCUCUGAAAAUGAGUAUGGCACUGAAGAUGUAGACCUACUUGAUGAUACUGAGAUGGACUCCCCUGGGGAUAGGUUUCUGAUGUUGGCCUCAGGUUCUGAUUUGGUCAGUGCGCCCCACCCAGGCAGGAGGUUUUCAUCUUCAGUGGAUGGAGACCCUCAUUUUGUGGUUAAUUUGCCAAAAUCUGGUGAAAAUAUCUGCUUUACCAUUGAUGGAAAAGCAAAUGAGAUUCUCCGACUGGUAGAUGACCCUAUUACAGGUGUGAAGGUGACUGGGCACUUGAUGUGGGCUCCCUCCAAGAUUGGUUUUGAGGAUCGAACCCGCACCUACUUUGACCAGCUGAACAUCUCCAUGGAAGUAAGCGGUUCAGACCGCUGGGUCAUCAUGGUAACAAUCGAUUCCAUUACUCUGAUUGGGGAGGACCGUCUCACGUUGCGUACUGAUAAGCCAGCCACCAUGCAGAGGCGGGGCUUCACGAUCAUUGUGGACCAAUUACUGAGGGUCUGGAUCCAGCUGGAGCGAGGUGUGGAGUUCCUGGUCCUGCUUCAUCACUAUAAGCACCCGUCCUAUUUGCAGCUCAGCCACCUCGGCUUCUACAUCUCGCAAGGGAAGGGGCUGUCUGUACAGACACAUGGGCUGCUGGGUCAGUUCCUACAUGCUGAUAUCUCUAUUGUGAGAAGGAAAGACACGUCGGGGCCCCGGGGGGCCUACAGUGGUGAGAAGCUGGCGAGCGGAGAGCUGAGGAGGGGAGGGGAGAGGAUUCCUGUGGUGCUGGAAGCCAAGCAGCUGAAGGACACAGUGAGACGGAGACAUGACGGACAGUGCUGGAUCGUUACCAGGCAGUAUGUCGAGCGGCUGAUCAGUGGCUCUUACAAGAACUAUAUUGUCGAGCACAUGUAAACUAUCACACAUUUACAGUAAACAUGUUCAUUUAUUUUGAAAUCAUGAUAUGUGUUCUACGUCUGUUUAAAGAAAUAUCUGAUUGCAAGCCAUGCUAUCAUUUAGUGUUGCACAUGCGUGGUCAGAUGGAGGGUGAAAUUGUUCCAACCUUUUCAAUGGCUUUUUUUCCUGUAAUUAACUAGAGUCUAGAAAUAUUAAAAGAAACAAAAAAGAAAUAGCAAACUAGAAGUCUUUUUCAGCUUUGUCAGUUUGCUGUAACAUGUUUAUUUUAAAACUACACAUUUGAGACCUCUGUAACUGAUGAAAGUGCAAAACAAAAUGUAGGGAAUUAGUCUCUGAUCGGGCAUUCCAGCUACAACAAAAGAACAGCCCAUCUGUGCUCAUCAGGUUUCUUGAUUCCAGUAUUUUGUCAAGUCAAGUCUUAAAGGAUCCCAAUAAUCUUAAAUAUAGGUACCACAUUUGCAAACUGAUUCAUCUCCUCAAACAUGUCUGCCAGCAGCUUGGCAAUGACCUCCCUUGUUUCAUUAACCUCUCUUGGGUAUAUAUGCCGUCUAGAUCAGGGGUUUGUUAGUCUUGAGAGCCCCCAGUCCUUUUAGUACUUCGGUCUGAUUUAUACUACACUGAACAAAAAAAUAAACGCAACAUGUAAAGUGUUGGUCCCAUGUUUCAUGAGCUAAAGUAAAAGAUCCCAGAAGUUUUCCAUAUGCACAAAAAGCUUAUUUCUCUCAAAUUUCGUGCACAAAUUUGUUUACAUCCCUGUUAGUGAGCAU